UCUAGGUAUCACUUUGCGUAAGAAUAUAGAUUUUUAAACAGGUAACGAUUGUGGUUGUUGUAUCAUGCAAGGACCAUUUAAAUUAAGAACUGGAUUCGUUUUUCUUACAAACAGAGCAGCUGCUGUUAGAAAUUAUAGCGAUAGAAACAUCGAAGACCUACAUUGAUUCGAAGCGAUACAAAUUAUAGAGGAGUGAUACGGUCUUAACAGAUUCAUUGAUAAUUUUCAAAAAUGUCAGCAAAAGCCGGUGAUAAUCCAUUGAAUGUUCUUAAAGUGAAAAUGAAACAAUUAAAAGCCGAGAAUGACAAGUUAAAAGAUGAUUUAAAAGAAAAAUCAGCACAACUAGAGUUUUCUCAACGGACCAUUGACACCCAUUGUCAAGAAAUCCAAAGUCUAACAAGAAAAAUCAGUAUGUUAGAGGAAGUUAUUAUGAAUUCGGAGGGAGGAUACACACAUGCAGCAGAAAAAUUAGAAGAGGUCAAUAAACUAUCAAAGGCUGCAGAUGAAAUAGAAAGAGAAAGAAAGGUACUAGAAAGUCGUAAUGUAGCAGAUGACGAAAAACAACACAUGAAAGAGGCCAAAUACAUUGUGGGGGAUGAAGAUGACGAACAAAUAGAUGCUCUGGAACAAGAACUGAAAGAGGCCAAAUAUAUUGCUAAGGAGGCAGAUAGAAAAAUUGACGAGGUGAAAGAGUCACAAAAAUCUACUUUGAAUUGCUUUUCAUCUUGUUGCAAGAAAUAAAUACUAAUUAUUAUUCUACAUUUCCUCUUAAUUAUAGCUUUUUAUUAAUUCUUUUACUGUAUUAAUUUUGCUCUCAGAAAUAAGAAGGUCUUGGAAAACCUUGAAAAAUGAUGAAAGGAUAUAAACAACGUGAGAAACAAUUGACUGAGGCAAAACGGAAACUAGUUGAAGAAGCCGAUAUGAAGAGGUGAUUUAUUUGCAUGAUCAUUUGGGUUGCCUAACAAAAGACACAUAUAGACUUAGCAGAUUUGUUCUGAACUGUUUAUAUCUUUUAUUUUGUAUGCUCAAUAAUCCAUAUUUUUGCAUUUUUUUUGUAAUAAGAUGAUAGCAAUAUGAACCUCAUUAAUAUGUUUGCUGAUGAAAAUAAUCUGUACAGAAAAGAAAUAAGACUUUUUGUUAUUCCAUACAUUUUCGCACUGUCGGGAAUUUAGCUCUAUAACAUAUACAUUAACUUUGCUACCAGACAUUUAUGUAUUAUGACGUUACUUAAAAAUAA